CCUUUUACUCACCACCACCGCCCCCCUCACCAACCACAUCACGCCUCGAGGCGCAACCCGAUAGUUUGCUCCAAACCUCCUCCUCCCGCGAUCGCAACGAUUACACAACCUUCCCCUGCAAACAAACGUGUACGACCGCCAGAAUGGGCGUCUCUCCCGCCGUCAGCCCGCACCUUGCGGUUCCCGGCGCAAAAGCUCCACCCAAUGCCUCCGUCAAGGCAAAGACGCUCGCCAUCCUCAACAACAGCCGCUCUAUACCCACUCCCGAUGGCCUUAGCAGGGCAACCACACCAGGUGAUGGUACUGCCGAUUUGGCUGAAAUGAUGAACAACGACGUGCGUGAGCAAUUCGUGUCGGGCGCCCGUCUCGGUGAAGGAACCUACGCCAUUGUCUACCGCGGCCAUUUCCGCCAUGACCCCUCCAAACUCGUCGCCAUCAAGAAGAUGAAGGUCAACGUCGAUUACAGGGACGGUAUCACCAUGGACUCGUACCGCGAGAUGAAGUACCUCCAAGAACUCACCACCCACCCGAACAUCAUCCGCCUACACGCCGUCUUCACCUCCAAGGACCAAAACAUCAACCUCGUCCUCGAACACCUGCCCAAAGGCGACCUCGAGGGUCUAUGGAAGGACUCCAAGACCUCGUACACGCGCGAAGACAUAAAAGCUUGGUCCGCCAUGCUCUGCCAGGCCGUCUGGUUCUGCCACGAAAACCACGUCCUUCAUCGCGACAUCAAAGGCAACAACGUCCUCAUCGCCGCCGACAAUACCCUCAAGCUUGCCGAUUUCGGUCUCGCCCGCAGCUUCUCGGAGCCCGGCCGCCCCAUGACCUGCAAUGUCAUUACGCGCUUCUACCGCCCGCCUGAACUCUUACUAGGCGCCUCGCACUACGGCGGCUGCGUCGACGUCUGGAGCACUGCCUGCGUCAUUGCCGAGCUCGCCACCCGCGCCUUCUUCCUCCCUUCUGAGACAGAUCUCCAGCAACUCACAGUCAUCACUGACCUCUUCGGAAUCCCCACCGAAGCAGAUUGGCCCGGCAUCUCCAAGCUGCGGCACUGGGAAGUCAGCUUCAAGGGCGCCGCCCCUAAACGCCCACAACCACUCAGCCACUGGCGCCAGCGUCUCCCGCUCAUGGGCGACGACGGAAUUGAUCUGCUCCGCGCUAUGAUGACUAUGGAUCCGGCGAAACGUCUGAAUGCUAGAGACGUGCUCAAGCACCCGUAUUGGACAAACCUCCCGCGCCCCACGAAGAAGGAGAAUCUGCCCCAGCAGGGCGGCAAUCCUGAGAAGAAGAUGGGCGAGGACUUGAAGAGGAGGGGUGGUGAGGUCGAGACGGGAAGGACUGAUAAGGUGGCGAGGAAGCUGAAUUUCGGGGCGUAGAUUGUCACGUCCUUUCUUCGCUGCCGUGGAUAUGAAAUCCUGUCAGUAUAUGCGAUUAUGACAUGCUACGACUUUCUGAUUCAAGAAUAGGUGGGCGGAAAAUAACCUUGUACACUAUAUCUGUAUUUUCCAAGCGCCUUCUUUUUCUUCUUACUUACCUAGACACUGGACUUGGGAGAAUCACUGGCAUCAUGCUUCGGCGUCUGGCGUCCAAGUCCCUCUCUAGUAUCGAGAAAUUCAAUCAAAACUUCAAUGUUUUACCACCUACACCUCGUCUUUAUCCUUUGCUUAUCCAUCUGUCUGUGGGCGUGACUCUGUUUUCUGGGGCUACUAUCUCGCCAAUAUCCUUUCUAGGCGAACUUUGCGGCUCUGCUAUCCCGGCAUUGGGUCCGAGAACUUCUCCGCUGAGCUUAAAAUUGCAGUGAAACCGGUGGACGAAUUUGUACAAUUCAUGCACGUCAGUGAACAUGUCACCCACACUAGGAUAUCUUGUCUUGCGUCCUGCGGGCUAGGAAUUGCAGUGAAACGGUGCUGACCUCUCCAUGUUUUUGAUGACCUUAGGAAGAGAGAUCCCCUCCCCCAGGCUAGACAUUGCAGUGAAAAAAGCGAGGCGUUAGUACAAGGCGUUCUCCCGGAUGAUGGUCCUUCAUGCGCCCUCCUGCAUAGCUCAGCUUAGGAGGGUUCCUACCACUUCACCGGUUUUGACUCCAGGCUAAAGAAAUCCUCCCCCAGGCUAGAGAUUGCAGUGCAACUCUCGUGCGAAUCAGCUAUAACGGUUCCACCGGUCGAUACAAAAUCGCUAAUUUUGCCUGCAGCACUUAGCCCAAAGGAAGAGUUCGCGAAGAAACGUCUUGAUUCACCCGAAAAUGAAUAUGGAAUUGUUCUGGUGCAUAGGCGUUCUAACACAUAUUGCAGGCUGUAUAGAACAGAGAUUCUUAUCAGAUGUUUAUAUGACUGCUACGUAGAUGUGAGAAAAAAUUUCUUCCCUUCCUCUCCCUUAACAACUCAGGUCUUGAUAGUAGGCACGAACUUUUCUACGGGGCUUAAUAUUUCAGUGAAAAUUUUAGGCAAUUGAACGCUAGAUUUACUGCUGCCUACAGACUACUUCCCUAAGGCUGAAGAUUGCGGUGAAACCAAGCCUUGUCAAAUGCGGCUCCAUACUCCAAUGCCUGACUGCCUAUCAGAGACGCUGAUUAUACUGCUGCCUAGCAAAAUAGAACUGCUCUUGGGGGCUAAAAAUUGCAGUGCUAUAGAGGCUCUUUUUGCUGUUUUAAGUGAUGAACAAACUAAUGCGGCUCUUGUCACUGCAGUGCAUGCGGCUCUUUCUGCUAGUCCAACUAAACUAUUUUAAUUGUGCUGUUUUUACACCUUCAAUACCAUCGCGCACUCUUUCGUCACUUCACUUGUCGUAAUCCUUGGACUGUGUACAGGCUCCAAAGAAUCAGUUCUCUUCUACCUACAUCAAACAUUUGGAGUAGAAUGAUGGAAGCCCCUAUAGAACGCAUGAAGCGCUGGCGACUCGCGAACAGAGCUGUCCCAGAAGGUCGUUCUAAU